AUGCCCGCUUGGUCGAUCAUUACUCCGUGGGGCCUCGCCCUGGGCGGCCUCACCCUCGCCUACGCCAACCUGCUCGUCUUCCGCAUCGACCCGAUGGGUCCCAAGGGCAUCUCCAAGCAGGCCAAGGCACUGGCCCUCAUCAUGCCGGUUGGCACCUUCAUCGCCAGCGCCGCCGGCCUCGCCCUUCUGAACUGGCGCGCACGGGGCUCGACCCUGCAGGCCCUGCUGCUCGUCCUGCCGGUGCUCAUCGCCAUCCACGCCAUCAUGAAGACGCCGCCGUCGGGCGACCCCAGGGAGUGGCCUUCCGAGAAGGUGAAGAAGUUCAACUCGCACUGGCUGUGGUGGUGA